CCUGUGAGAUUUGAACAGCUCCAAAUGCAAGGAAUGCAAGCACACCUGUCAAUACAAGGGGCGGACUCCAAGGAGGACUAGGCGUGCUGUCACUUAUUUUAGCCUGUCACUGGGCCUUCCCUGCUCACAGACAAUCACUGAAGGAGAGAAGACUAGUGUUUUUACCUCAAAGAAGCUGUGACUAUUGAGAGGAUGGGAAGCAAACAUUGGUGAGAAGAGAAAAAGGACAACAAACAGAGCAGCCAUGACGUGGAGAAGCCCUCUGGCCCUGGUCAGAGAUGCUCUGGCAGGUCAGAGGGCGCGGGAGAGGGACCUCCGCAGCUUGGUGUCCAAUCUGCCGUUUGAAAACCAAAAGAAGACAAGGCAACCCAACCGCUACUUCUCUGGCAAUGCCAUCAAAACAACCAAAUAUACCUUCCUCCUCUUCAUCCCCAUGAACCUUUAUGAGCAGUUUCACCGUUGGGCCAAUAUCUACUUUGUAGGUCUGGCUAUUCUGAACUUUGUCCCCGUAGUGAAUGCCUUCCAGCCUGAGGUAGCAUUGAUCCCGAUUCUCGUCAUCCUGUCUCUGACAGCCCUAAAAGAUGGCUGGGAGGACUUCAGGAGAUACCAGUCUGACAGGAAGAUCAACAACACGCCCUGCUUCAUCUACAGCAGUAAGGAGAAACAGUUCAUGAAGAGGCGUUGGAAGGAUGUGCGAGUGGGAGAUUUUGUGAAGGUGGUUUGCAAUGAGAUUAUCCCUGCAGACCUCCUGCUUCUGCAUAUAUCAGACCCCAAUGGUGUGUGUCAUGUAGAGACAGCUAACCUAGAUGGAGAGACCAACCUGAAGCAGAGGAGGGUGGUGCCUGGCCUCUGCAUUAUGCUUCCUGAAUUUGUACCUGAAAGCUUUGACAGCACUGUGGUGUGUGAAAGGCCCAACAACAAUCUGAAUCAUUUCAUUUGCUAUGUUGAGAAACCUGAUAGGGAGAAGGUGGGUGCUGGGAUUGAGAGUCUGCUGCUGCGAGGCUGCAAAGUGAAAAACACACAGUACGCUGUUGGCUUUGUGGUGUAUGCAGGCCAUGAAACCAAGUCCAUGCUCAACAACAGUGGGGCAAGAUACAAGCGCAGCAAACUGGAGCGGAAGCUGAACACAGACGUCAUCUUCUGCGUCAUUCUUCUCUUCACCAUGUGUCUCAUUGGAGCAGUAGGUCACUCCUUAUGGCUGCAGGCACUGCCCGGUGUGCCCCCUUACCUGGUCCCCUACAGCACCGGUCAGCUGGACAGCCCCGCUCUGUCUGGCUUCUACAUGUUCUUCACCAUGAUCAUCCUGCUGCAGAUCCUGAUUCCUAUCUCCCUCUAUGUGUCCAUUGAGUUGGUGAAAAUCAGUCAGAUCUUUUUCAUCACUAAUGACAUUGAUCUGUACGAUGAGGGCACAGACAGUCGCGCGCAGUGUAAGACCCUGAAUAUCACAGAGGACCUGGGUCAGAUUGAAUACAUCUUCUCAGACAAGACUGGCACCCUCACUGAGAAUAAGAUGGUGUUUCGACGAUGCUCCAUCAUGGGCACUGAAUACCCACACAAGGAGAAUGCCAUCCGCCUAGCUGUCCUUGAUGAACCAGAUUCAGAGGAGGAGGUCAUCUUCGACCAGCCGCCACGAACCCCACAGACUGGAUGGUCCUUGGAAGCUGAGGACACCAACCUUGAAGACGCACGACAUCAUCAUGGUGGCCGACGCAAGAGCAAGAUCUCACUGAAUGCCGAUAGCAGUGUGGCUUUCAGCAGUCCACUGGAAACUGAGGUGAUUCCAGACAGGAAACUGCUUCAGAAGAUUAGCAAGACAGAGAGCAGUGGCAGGCAGCAGAUGGAUCCUUACCUGGACUUUUUUCUGGCUCUUGCCAUUUGCAACACAGUGGUGGUUUCCACAGCAACCGCUCAGCGACAGAGGGUAAAGAGGUUUUCACACUGUGGCCAGACAAGUAAUCCACUGGACACUUUGUCAAACCUGGUGAAAAAGGCUGGCUCUUUUCGUCAUGUUUUUACCUUUUGUAACCGCAACCCAGUGAGAAAACUCUCAGAGGACUCGGUUGUAGAAGAGGACCAUUUCAAUCCUCCUGUAAAAAUGGAGGAGACCAGAGACACUGAUGGGAUUGAAACAUGUUCGCUCCACGCUCCAUCUGAGUGCAACCAGUCUGCAUUGACCUCAGAUAAUUUGUGCUAUGAGGCAGAGAGUCCAGACGAGGCAGCCUUGGUGUAUGCAGCCAAGGCAUAUGGCUUCACCCUGAUGGCCCGCACCCCUGACAGCGUGACGGUGAGGCUCCCAUCUGGGAAGGACCUGGUCUUUGAGGUGCUGGACACCUUGGCCUUUGACUUCAACAGGAAGAGAAUGUCCGUUCUGGUGCGUCACCCAGUCACCAAAGAGCAUGUGCUGUACACUAAAGGUGCCGACUAUGCCAUCAUGGAGCUGCUUGGUACACCAUAUGCAGAGCACCUCAGUGGGAUUCAGAAGAAUAUAGCAGCUGAUACUCAGUAUCACCUCGACUGCUAUGCUAAAGACGGCCUGCGUACACUUUGCUUUACAAAGAAGAUUGUAAGUGACGAAGUAUAUGAAAGCUGGUCAGUGAAGAGAAGGAGUGCUCUGGCUGCUAUAAAUGACCGAGAGGAGCUCAUCAUGGACACUGCUGUGCAGCUGGAGACAAAACUCUCUCUGCUAGGGGCAACGGGCAUCGAAGACCGUCUGCAGGAGAGCGUCCCUGACACCAUCGUGGCGCUGAGAGAGGCAGGGAUCCAGGUGUGGGUGCUGACUGGUGACAAGCCAGAGACAGCUGUCAACAUCAGCUAUGCCUGCAGUCUGCUCAAAGAUGAAGACCUGGUGAUUAACAUGAGCUGCAAAGACAAGCUCACAUGUACAUCCAUCCUGGACUGCACUCUGGAGGAGGUGAGGAGGUACAGCCAGAAUCCUCGUAAUGUGGAUACAACCCCAGACAUCUCUCUAGUGAUUGAUGGACACACCCUGGCCAUGGCUCUUUCAUCAGACCUGCAGGACCGCUUUGUGGACCUGGCGAAGCGCUGCCGCUCUGUGGUCUGCUGUCGUGUCACACCCUUACAGAAGAGCGAUGUGGUGAAGGUGGUCCAGGAUAAACUCAAGGUCAUGACCCUUGCUGUUGGUGAUGGUGCAAAUGAUGUCAACAUGAUCCAGGCAGCUGACGUUGGCAUUGGGAUAUUGGGUCAGGAGGGCAUGCAGGCGGUCAUGGCCAGUGAUUUUGCUGUAUCUCACUUCAAACACCUGAAAAAACUUCUCCUGGUUCACGGACACUGGUGCCACACUCGGCUGGCCAACAUGAUCAUUUAUUUCUUCUAUAAGAAUGUGGCCUAUGUGAACAUGUUGUUCUGGUACCAGUUCUUCUGUGGCUUCUCCGGCACCACUAUGAUCGACUACUGGCUGCUGAUUUUCUUCAACCUCCUUUUCACCUCCGUACCGCCCAUCAUGUUUGGGAUCAUGGACAAUGAUGUUUCGGCAGAGAUGCUGCUGGGUGUUCCUGAGCUGUACAAGACCGGACAGGGUGCAGGGGAAUACAAGAGUUCAACCUUCUGGGUUGCCAUUCUUGAUGCCUUCUAUCAGAGUCUGGUGUGCUUCUUUAUUCCAUACAUGGCUUACUGGAAUUCAGACGUUGAUCUUUUUACCUUUGGAACUCCUUUGAAUACUAUUUCUUUAUUUACCAUCCUGCUGCAUCUGUCAAUAGAGAUCAAAGCCUGGACAUGGGUUCACUGGUUAAUCAUGGUGGGCAGUGUAGGGCUGUACUUCAUCGUGACAGUUGCCUACAGUGCCGCCUGCAUCACCUGUAACCCUCCCUCCAACCCGUACUGGAUCCUCCAGAGGCAGAUGGCCGACCCCAUGUUCUACCUAAUCUGCAUCAUCUCUACUGUGGUGGCUCUGCUGCCCAGGUACACGUUUCACGUGCUGAGGAACUCUAUCAACCCCACCCCGCUCAUGCAAGCCAGGCAUCUGGACAAGCUGGACCCCUUCUCGAGGGACCAGUGGAUCAAGGAGUGGAGGAGCUUCAGGGGUGGAGAGCAGGUCAAACGCUUCAGGCUGUCUGCCCCAUCCUCUCCCACCCUGGAGAGCCCUGUGGACAUUUAUCCCCCAUCUUUCACCACCUCUGAUAUUGUGGGGGAUGAAAUGACACUGGAUGUCAUUACUGAAAGCUCUCAGAGGUCUGCGCACACAUGAGGAGCAGAGAUUUGCUGAACAUGAAGAACAAAAACCUAAGAAUAUUAUUUAUUCUAAAUAUUCUGAACUGGCUCACAAGAGGGUGUAUGCCUGAACAGAGUGAUGUUUCUUUCUCAUAAAUGCAGUCAGAGAAAUACAAAUCUUCAACUGGAGCAAGUAGGCCUCUCCUUCUAUAACAAGCUGCCAUAAAGAACACAAACUUGUUAUAUUCCUGAUAGGUUUUCAGAGAAAACUGAUAAUCUGGUUAGUCAACCACCCACCCUGCUAUAUAGUGGUACUUGUCCAGAAGAAAAUGCUUAGCUUGUUGAACUUAUUCCUCUCACAUCGAUACGCUAAACAGUCACAAUGCAUCUUGUCACUGAGGAAAACACAAGUUUAUUAUAUUUCAGAUGAGGCAUCAAGAUCAAACAAUCAAAAAGGUAAGUGCAGAGAAAAAGGUUAAGCUAAAAACUUUUUUUUUUUUUUAUUAAAUGGAAACGCUGCCCACAAGCCCAGUGCACUUGUAAAAAGAGCUGAGUUAUCAGGGGCAUGCUUCAUUAUAGAGUACAGUAACAUCUCUACUUAUGUAAUGUCCUGAGUUGGAUCACUGCUGCCUCCUAGUGUUGAAGAGGAAGAGUUGCAGAAAGGUCAAACUGGACAAAGUCGGUAAACAUUAACUUGGCUGAGAUCUUAUUUUUUAUUGUUAGAGUUGCAGGAAAAUGGAAAAAUAUAAGUUAAUAAAACAUCUAUUUUACUGAGAAUUAAACACAGCAUACGUAAAAUACAUUGCUGAUACAAUGGAGCAGGUUUCUUCCUAAGCUGAGCGAACCUAUCAGGUGUGUGUGUGUGUGUGUGUGUGUGUGUGUGAAAUCCGUGUA